AUGGUUGAUUCACUCAUCUCCAUUUCACUGGAGAAGUUGAAGACCGUACUUCAAGAUGAGGUGGUUUUGUUGGUGGGUGUCACCAACGAGAUCAAAAAGCUUUCCAGUACGUUCACCUUGCUCCAAGCUGUGCUUAAAGAUGCUGAAACUCGGCGACUGAAGGACGAAGCUGUGAAGAAGUGGUUGGAGAAUCUCAAAGACGUGGCCUACGAUGUGGAUGACAUACUAGAUGAGUGGACGACAGAUGCUCUCAGACGACAAGCUCCAGGUGAAGGUGAUGGCUCCUGUUACAGCUUCCUUGUUACUUGCUACCUCUCCUGUGUUACUUUCUUCAAUCAUGUCAUGUUAUGCCACAAAAUUGGGAGUAGGAUAAAGGAGGUGAGGGGUAGAUUAGAUGAUAUUGAAAAAGAGAAGAUCCAAUUUAAUUUUAUUACGAGGGGGGUGGAUAGUGAAGUUAGGGAGGGUGAGAUAGGAGACCGAGAGACAAGCUCCCUACCUGACCCGUUCAUUGUUGGGAGGGAAGAUGUAAAACAAAAUGUCAUAGACUUGUUGCUGGGGGGGAGUAGUAGAGAGGUAAAUGAGGUGCCCUUCGUCAUUUCUAUCGUUGGAAUGGGGGGCUUGGGCAAGACCACCCUUGCUCAACUCAUUUACAACGAUGAAAAUGUUGAGAAGCAUUUCGACAUGAGAUUGUGGGUAUGUGUUUCUGAAGAUUUUGAUGUCAAACGUAUUACGAAAUUAAUCAUAGAAUCUGCAGAUGAGUCUAGUUGUGAGGAUCUAAGCCUGGCCCUGUUGCAAAGUCGUCUCAGCCAAAAGUUGCAAGCAAAGCGAUUCUUGCUUGUGCUUGACGAUGUUUGGAGGCACGAUAGCGAGAAGUGGGACAAGCUGAUACGGCCCUUCCAAGCUGGUGCACCCGGGAGUCGAAUCAUUGUAACCACUCGUUUGGAAGAUGUUGCAUCGAGGAUGGGAAGUACUGAUCACAUGCAGAAACUGGGUGUUUUAUCUCAUGAUGAUUGCUGGUUAGUGUUCAGUUGCAAAGCGCUUGAGCAUCGGAGUGCAGAAGAGCGUUUGGAUUUGGAAGAGAUUGGAAGGCAAAUCGUAAACAGGUGUGGAGGGGUGCCUCUCGCAGCAAAGACGAUAGGGAGUGCCAUGUGCUCGAGAAAGACGAGAAGGCAGUGGGAGCUUGUGUUGGAAAGCGAGAUAUGGAACUCAGGUGAUAUCUUGGGAGGUAUUUUACCGGCUUUGUUACUAAGCUACCAUGAUUUACCUCCAGCUAUGAAGCAGUGCUUUGCGUACUGCUCUAUUUUCCCGAAAGAUUGGGAGAUAGAGAGGGAUAGGAUAGUCAAGCUAUGGGUGGCACAAGGUUUCAUCUACUCCAAGGGAAGUCAAGACAUGGAGGAAAUUGGUGGACUGUAUUUUGAUGAUUUACUAAGACGCUCGUUGCUCCAAGAUGCAAAACUCGAUCAUGACGGUAACAUAAGGCGGUGCAAGAUGCAUGAUUUAGUUCAUGAUCUUGCACAAUCUGUUGCAGGAAGUGAGUGUUCAGUGGUGGAGAUGAGAAAGCAAUCCUCAUUGAACCUAAAUAAUCUCCGCCAUUUGUUUUUAUUUGACAGUGAUGACACAGGUGACAGAGAUGAUGAAGUUGACAGUGAUGACGCAGGUGACAGAGAUUGGGCCACCUUGUAUAAGGCACAAAAGCUGCGGACGUUGCUACGUUACUCAAGAAUCUCCGGGGUGCCAAACAACUUAUUUCAUCAUUUCAGGCACCUCAGGGCAUUGGACUUGAGUCUCACUAGCAUUCAGAUUUUGCCUCGAACACUGGGAAAAUUGAAGCACUUGAGAUAUCUUGAUUUAUCAGAGACAGAGAUCGAGGAGUUGCCAGAGGAGGUGAGUAAUUGUAGAACUUUACAGACCUUGAAACUCAAUUACUGUGAUCGGCUAAGAAAACUGCCUAGAGGGAUGGGGAAAAUGAUUGGCCUGAGACAUGUAGAAUUAGAAGGCAUUAAUGAGUUGAAGUACUUACCGCAGGGCAUAGGGAAACUAAGUAGCCUUCGGACAUUAACAAAGUUCAUAGUGGGGGGUGACGAUGAAGGAUGUAAAUGGGGAGAACUGAAACACCUCAAUCAUCUUCAAGGAAGUCUUCAAAUUAUUUGCUGGGAAAAUGUGAGGAGCAGAGACGAAGCUAAAGAGGCAGAACUAAAUAAGAAGCAGUACCUUCGUACUCUAACCUUCAAAUACAACACCACGGAUGAUGAAGCGUUGGGUGAUGAUGAGCAGAAGAGAACAGAGGAGGUUCUUGAAAUCCUGCAGCCCCACACAAACUUGAAAGAGUUGGGAAUAUGGAGCUACGGAGAUUCCAAGCUUCCCAAGUGGACAGAGGAUCCGUUUUUCUCCAAUCUAGUCAACGUGACGCUCCGGGAAUGUAACAAGUGUAAACAAUUGCCAGGUCUUGGGAAACUACCAUCCCUUAAAUACCUUGAUAUUGAACGAAUGGUUGAGGUGAGAAAGGUGGGUGGUGAGUUUAGUGGGGAUGAUAAAAAUGAUGGAAGUGGUGGUGGUGUUGUCUCAUUCCCAAAGCUGGAGAGCCUCUCCUUCAACAGAAUGACAAAUUGGGAAGAGUGGGAAUUGAGAGGUCGAGAUGAUGGAGAGGUUAUGCCAUCAGUCCUGGAAUUACAAAUAGAAUCCUGCCAAAAGCUAAAGGCGUUGCCCAGCAACCUUCCACCGCUCCUCCAGAAGCUGACUUUGUUUGCAAGUGAUGUUGGAAUGUCAUCCGGUGUGCCCUUACCCGUCCUCCCCAACCUUAACCAUUUGGCAAUUUUGAACUGUCAAGAGCUGACAUCGUUCCCAUGUGGUUGGUUGGGACAACUCAAAGCCCUCCAAGCUCUGGAGAUCGGGUGGUGUCCAGAGUUGACAUCUCUACCAGAGGAGUUGCAACACCUCACCAUGCUUCAAAAACUGAAUAUAUGGGAAUGUCCAGUCUUAGAAGAACGCUGCCGAGAAGGAGGAGAAGAUCGCUACAAGAUUGCACACAUCCCCAAUAUCACAUUGGGUCGCCGAUAA